AGAAGCAUCUUAACAAUAUUAUAAAGUGUUUACAUACAUAAGUCCACUUAACUAUUUAUCCUUAGAAAUUUUAGCAUUCAGAGUCUAUUGUCCGAACUGUAUCGAACGUGCGCCAAAAUGUCAACAGAAAAUACUGACAAUCAUAUCAAUGAAGAAAAAGUAAUUCCUUCUUCUAAAAUAGGAGAGAAUUUGUGUCUUAUAUCAGUGAGGUUGACCAUCAAUCUAUUGAUCCACGUCCUAAUAUUUCUGAUUGUGUUCAUAUGUCUGUGGUUCGCCUGCAGUACUGAGAUUAAUUUGUUUAAUUUACACAUCAUUCUGUGUGUUCUUGGGUACCAAUUCUUUAUGUGUCAUGGGACGCUAGUGAUGUCACAGUACAACGCUUGGACAAUGUUCAUAGCUCGUCGAUACAAGAAGCACUUCCAUUGGGUACUCCAAGUCCUUGCUUUUGCCCUGGUCACCACGGGAACUGUAUUUGUGAUACUACAGAAAGACACCCACUUCACGUCUAUUCAUGGGAUACUUGGUUUAGCGGCAUUGGUGCUAGCGUUCGUCAGUUUACUAAAUGGGAUCCUGGUAAUGUUCUCCCACAAAGUGUCUUCCUCUGCCAUCGGCAUGUUCUGGAUAAAGUUCUUCCACUACCUCAGUGGUGUCGCCAGUAUACUUGUGGGAACCGGAAGCCUCUGUGCGGCCUUUAACUAUGACUCAUUCAAGACUUGGACUGGUGAAGGAGACGGCUUCAUACUAACGCUCAUGGUUUUAACCUGCCUCUUCAGUGUAUUGAUAACGUUGGAUUUCUGGAUCGCAACAGGCAUUAAAUUCCGAACACGAUCAAAAUAGAUAUGUCUAUAUCCUUAUUUGCGGAUACGAUUA